AUGGAUGCUAUACUCACUAAUCUGCCAUCUCUUGUUGCAAAGAUCGAAAGCAAGAUUCUCCAGAAGGAAUCAUCGCUACGCCGACUAGGUCCGUUGCGCUCGUCUGCCAAGGAUCAACGCCGAUAUUUGGGCAGCACCAUGAGACGACUCGCACGAUUGGUCGAAGCUGGUCUAGAAGGAGAGUAUCUUCACAGACACUUCUCCGACUUCUUUGCGGUUGAAGAGAACAGACUGAGAAGUACUAUCACCCAGACUUUAGAGGGAUUCGCAUUACAGAUGCAGAAGAAAGGGCGGCAUCGUGACCACGAGCAGAACCGUGCACCCGAGCCACCCUCCAAUUCCUCGCCCAGCGGUAACGCAUCAUCAGAGCGAGCCUUUUCCGUGCCGUAUCUUGAAAAGGUAGCCAAGUUGAUGGGUAUCGGCAAAGGCAAGGCUGAUGCACGCAUCAGUCAACUAGAUUCAGAGCUGCAAGAGCUUCUGAGAAUGUACCAGAGCUCGCACGCUACGACAUACAGUCGAGCCUACGAGGCUACCCUCAGGCGCAUACAACGUCCGAGAUCAGAUUUUGGGGGCCCCCAUCCAGCCGCUGCACCAUACGAAGUGCAGUGGGCUAUAAAGGCUCAGAGACAAGAUCUCAGUGAAGAUCUGCUAUUGGCCGCCGAAGCUGUCGAUCGUGCUGAAGCUUACUACCAAGUUGCACUGGACACUCUAGUGGACAAUGUCGCCAUGCUUGGCAUCGAGGCUUGCCUACUGCACGAUUUGCCUAGCGUCAUUCCUGGAGAUGCGAUCUACGACAUGGACGAUCAGCAGAUUUCACUGCUAGCUGCAGAGCCGGCCGACGCUGCGGAACGACGCGACAGACUCCAGAGGGAGACUGAUGUUCUUAAGGACACGGCGAAGGUCUUUUACAAAUAUGCGUACAUCGGACAAGAACCACAACCAGCCAACAGCGACGAACCGUCGUCACACUACCACAGCACCACCCUCCCGACCCGCUCACGAGAGUCUUCUGAUCAACCUCCUCCAUACAGUGGCUUUGGAGCAACCCCAGCAAACCACAACAAAGGAGGACUGUUCGCACGAAGCAGCACCCCUGCCCAACCACAUCCCAGCGCUCCUGGAAGCUCUGGUCUCUUCGGCAGUAACGCUGGGACUACCAAGCCCGGACCGACUCAAUCCGCAGGGCUGUUCGAGAAAACGUCAGCCCCAAACAACGGUCAAGACUCUCUAUUCGGAAGCGGUAACACUCAGAGCAACAGUGGAGGUCUGUUUGGAGCAAAUAAUAAUUCUCAAAGCAACAGUGGAGGUCUGUUUGGAGCAGAUAAUAAUUCUCAGAGCAACAAUGCCAGCCACGGUGGCUUUGGAUCCUCACGGAACAGUGCGUUCGGAGCGACUUUACGCAACGAUGCAUCUCAGGGUGGGUUUGGAUCUGGGAUGAACCAGAGCAAUAGUUGCGAGAAAUACAGAUCUUGA